AUGAUGAGGCUCACAGCCAAGGCUGCGGCGCCGUCAUGGCACUUGCUGCUGAUGUCCCUUCUAUGGGUGUUGGCGCUCGCAAAGGACGGCCCGAAGCUCUCAGUCACAAAGUUCGACCACCCUCCAUUGGGCCUUGCCUACUUCGAAGACAGCGACAUAGUUGUCUUCCACGACGUCGAUGCAGGCAUCAUUUAUCGAUCAAGCGAUGCCGGUGCCAAUUGGUCCAAGGUCAAGGCAAUUCCCGAAGGCGAUGCCUUUUUGCUCGCUACGCAUCCUUACGAUUCCAAACUCGCCUAUGCCCUGACGCUGGGUAAGACGCACUAUAAGACAGAGGACCAAGGCGAGACCUGGUCCAAGUUCGAGACCCCGGCUGUCCCCAGCCGAUUUCAGCCCGAGAUCUUGGUAUUCCACGCAGAAGAUCCGAAGCGAGUCAUCUUCAACGGCAUGGAGUGCGAUGGCAUCUUUUGCGACGAGCAAGCCUCUUAUACCACAGACAACUUCAAGUCGGUCGAACUGCUCCGUGCCUUCACAGCUGGCUGUUGGUGGGCGAAGCUAUCUCCCGAGUUCACCACUGGCGAUAAAGAUCUAGAUAAGAAGAGAGUGCUCUGUAUCAUCAAGGAUCCCUUCUCCCUCUUCGUGGAAGAUCAGAGACUCGUCAUCUCCGACGAUUUCUUCGCCGUAGUGAACAAAGAGGUUCAGGAAUUCGAGCCCAACAUGGACACCAACAAGGGAGUGGGCGGCGUGGCCAACAUUGCUGUCGUCAAGAGCUACCUCCUUGUUGCUACCUCGUCCUUCCAGAGCGACGAGAUGGCCUUGUACGUCACCGACGACACUCUCAAAUGGCACCGCGCCAUGUUCCCGACCAGCGACAACCACGACCACUCGCACCAGAUCAACCAAGAGGCAUACACUGUUCUAGAAAGCACAAACUACAGUAUCCAGAUUGACGUCUUGACCUCCUCACCCUCAAAUCCCAUGGGUGUUCUUUUCACAAGUAACUCCAAUGGCACAUACUUUACUGAGAACGUCCCUUACACCAAUCGUAACGGCAAAGGACAUGUCGACUUUGAGAAAGUCCAUGGCAUCCAGGGAGUAUUCAUCGUCAAUGUGGUAGAGAAUGGUCCUGAUGUCGACAAGAAGGGUGCCGAGAAACAGGUUGUUACCCAGAUCUCCUUUGACGAUGGCAGGACCUUUGAGUCCCUCAAAGCCGAUGGCGACAAGAUCCACCUCCACUCAGUCACCGAAAUGGAUAACACUGGGAGGGUCUUCACGAGCCCAGCCCCCGGCCUUGUCAUGGGCAACGGAAAUACAGGCAAGGCUCUCGGCAAGUUUGCAGAUGCCAAUCUGUAUGUCUCAGAUGAUGCCGGUAUCACGUGGAAGGAGGCCUUGAAAGGACCUCACAAGUACGAAUUCGGCGACCAGGGAUCGAUUCUUCUUGCCGUCAAGGAUUCCAGAAAGGAUGAUAUUUCUGAAAUAUCGUAUUCCCUGGACCAUGGCGAGCACUGGGAAUCAGUCGCUCUGCCAGACAAGCUCGCUGUCAAACCAGCGAUCCUUACAACGACGCAAGACUCAACCAGUCUCAAGUUUCUCCUCAUUGGUGAAAAGGACAGAGCCUACCAUAUGAUCGCUAUUGACUUUGGAGCUAUGGACAAGCGGACUUGCGAGGAUAAAGAUCUCGAGGACUGGCAUGCCCGCGCGGACGAUGAUGGGAAGCCAACUUGUAUCAUGGGACACAAGCAGACGUACCGCCGCAGAAAGAAGACGGCUGAUUGCUUCAUCAAGAGCAACUUCAAGGAUCCCGUUCCCAUCACUGAGGACUGCGAGUGCUCUGAUGCGGACUUUGAGUGUGAUUACAACUUUAGGAGGGACCCGGAGGAUAACAAAGUAUGCAAGAAAGUCGGUCCACUGCCGGCUCCAGAUGGUGCCUGCAAGGACAAGUCCGCAACCUUCAAGGGCUCUUCUGGCUGGAGGCUCAUCCCGGGUAACACUUGCAAACGGACCAAGGGCGAACAGAAGGACGAUCCGGUCGAGCGCAAGUGCGAGGAUGCCACCGUUCCGUCGGUUCCAGGAACCCCGGCAAAUGGGGGAGAAGUGACUCACAAACAAUUCAUUUUCGACACCAAGCUUCAGGAUUUCCAGAAGAUCUACCUCGACAGGAGUGAUUCCAGUCAGUCCGAUGACGAAACCCUGUGGCUAUCUAGUGAUCAUGGCAAGAGCUUCAAACGCAUCCUGGAGGGCGAGAAGAUCCAGGGCAUUUAUCCCCACCUAUUCCUCAAAGAUCUGGUUUACUUCACUACCGGCAGCGACAAGGUCAUUUAUACUCUUGACCGUGGCAAGAGCUUCCACAGCUUCAAAGCACCAACGGACCCCGGUGAUAGAUUCCCGCUGAGCUUCCAUCCAGACAAGAGAGACUGGCUCAUCUGGGUUGGCCAGACCUGCGACAAAGUUGGAGGCAAAGAAACCUGCUUUCCCGAGGCGUCCAUCUCGAUUGAUCGCGGCGAUAACUGGAAGACAAUGCUCCGUUUUGCGGAGAGAUGUGAGUUCACUGGCCACUCGGCAUACAAAUUCCGGUCGCAGAAGCAAGUCAUCUGUCUUGCUAGAGAAGAAGAGAACAGCGAUGCGCCGUUGACCAUCAUGACCAGUGAUGACUUCUUCCAAGAGGACAAGGCCAUCUUCAAGGAUUCCGUUACCAAUUUCGCAACCAUGAGCGAAUUCAUUGUUGUGGCCGGUAGAGAUCCAGAAACCGAAGAUAUGCACGCUCUCGCCAGUCUGGACGGCAAGCACUUUGAGAGGGCUCACUUCCCCUACAAUUUCCACGAAGGCCACGAGAACGAGUAUACGCUUCUUGACAGCUCAACCCAUGCCAUUAACCUGUUUGUCCGCACCGAAGGCGGUGCUGACCGGGAGUAUGGCUCAAUCAUCAAGAGCAAUUCCAACGGCACGUCCUAUGUUCUCAGCGCCGCCAACGUCAACUGUAACGAGGAGACAUAUGUCGACUUUGAAAAGGUCGCAGGCCUCGAGGGUGUCGCCUUGAUUAACAUUGUAACAAAUGCCAACAAGGGAGAGAAGACAAAGGACCUCCAGACCAAGAUCUCUCACAAUGACGGCUCCGAAUGGGGUUUCUUGGCCCCGCCCGCCAAGGAUGUGGAUGGAAAGGCCUAUCCUUGCAGUAGCUCCAAGGGAGAUGAGUCUUGUGCCUUGCAUCUCCAUCACUAUACCGAGAGAGAUGACAAGAGAAAGACUUUUGCCGCGGCUACUGCCGUUGGUCUCAUCUUUGGCAUUGGCAACGUCGGGUCCAAGCUUGGCGAGAUUAAAAACGCAGACACAUUCAUGUCCACUGAUGGUGGUGUUUCUUGGAAGAACGUCAAGAAGGGAAGCUGGUCAUGGCAGUAUGGAGACCAGGGCUCGAUCAUCGUGCUGGCACAAAGGUACACGCGUAAUAACCCGGUCAAGUCCCGGUCUAUCUCGUACUCAACAGACGAAGGCAACACAUGGAAGAAUUUGGAGUUUGCCGACUCGGAUGUGGCACUCCUCGACAUCACUACCCUACGGUCCGGCACAUCGCGCAACUUUUUGCUUUGGUGUAGAUCCGGCCGAGGCAAGCUCUUCUCCGUCAACCUCGACUUUAGUGGCUUGGCCGACAAGCCCUGCGAGCACACCAAAGCCAGCGACUCCGAUUAUUACUUGUGGUCUCCCAAGCAUCCCUUGCAGGAUGACGACUGUCUCUUUGGGCACGUCUCCAAGUACCUACGUAAGAAGACUGAUCGCAAGUGCUACAAUAAGCAGAAUCUCCAGCGACUUUACGACCAUGAGGAUUGCGCUUGUAGCCGACGAGACUAUGAAUGUGAUUUCAACUUUGAACUAGAUAACCAUGGCCAGUGCCAGCUGGUCAAUGGCUUCACCCCCCUCACUGGAGACGAUUGGUGUGAAAAGUACCCCAACGAGACAUCAUACUUUGAACCCACGGGUUACCGUAGAGUUCCCUUGUCCACCUGUCGUGGCGGCAACGAGCUCGAUAAGACGUCAACAGAGCAUCCAUGCAAGGGCCACGAAGAAGACUUCAAGAGGAAGCAUGGCACAUCCGGCGUCGUUAUCUUCUUUGCCGUUGUCAUACCGUUUACUCUGGCCGGCAUCAUCGGCUGGUACGUUUACCGCAACUGGAAUGGCAAGUUUGGACAGAUCCGCCUGGGAGAGAACUCGUCGACUUUCGACAGCGACCAGCCCUGGAUCAAGUACCCCAUCAUCGCCGUGUCCGCCGUCGCAGCAGUGGUAGUCUCCCUGCCUGUCAUGAGGAGCGAUGGCAGCUGGUUCUCAAGAGGCGCCAGGAGGUUCACGACACGCGACAGCUUUGCGCGUGGACGCGGCGACUAUUCGAUUGUAGAUGACGAAGGCGAGCUCCUUGGUGAGGAGAGCGAUGAGGAGGUGUAA